UAGUAGUAGUACUAAUAAUAAUAAUAAUACCAACAAUAACAAUUGGAAUAUGCUAAAUCUCGCAGUCUGACGUCAGACAAACAUUUUUCUCUACUCUUAUCCUUAAUAAAUAGCUCUACGUUUUUUGUAUUUUUUUGUAAAUGGAUGUGAAAAGCGCAGUUUGCAUUGAACCUAAAGUUUCAUAACAACCUUACUAAUUGAUUUAGAUAUGUAUUUAUUCAUUUAGAUAUUUAUCAAGCUGUUGUCUGAUUAAUUUAAUUUGGGUUAAAAAAAAAGGGUAAAACAAACAAACAAACAAAAAACAUGUCAAGUUAUUUGAGCAAUUUGCAUGGUUCUGGAGACCUUCAGUUUAUGGCCUCUUUAGGCCCAAUAGCAAAUCCGGACGUAUGAGAGAGAGAUUUGUUUAAUCCAUGUCAGCGUUUGGCCGGAGGGGAUGGAUGUAAAUGUUCCCUUACUGGUUACCAGGCUGUCGUGUGCGUGGAGGCCGACCGGGAUGCUGCAUAAACCCAGGUAGGCUACUGUUAUUAGUCGGCUUGAAAUCCCAUUACCAAAAAUACUAAUUGUAUACUGACCGUAGGAACCCUGUUGCUAGAAAUAAACGCAUUAGUUUCAAACUGAGCUGCGUUAAACUCAUUUAGGUUGAACAUGAAUUUCUCCUGUCUUCUGCGGCCCGAUAUCUUUUUUUAAAGUCCCUUAAUUUAAUAGAAACUACUCUGAAUUAAAUCAAUUUUUUUAAAUAUAUGUUACUUCACAAAAUGAGCCCAAAGAGAAAUCAAAUUAUGAAAUGAGAAAUCACCACAACCUUAUUGUUUGUAGGCUACCCUGGCAAUAAAACUAAAACUAAAAUACAUUAAUAAACAAAUAAAUAAAUGCUGAAUUAUUAAAGUUUUUACACUUACAAAAUGAACGACAUAAGUGUUUUUUUUAAUUCGAUAAAUCGUUUUAAAUUCUAGAUGUAGAUGAGCUCCAUGUUAAUCACUGCAGAGGGCUCCUAUUACCCGGAACAGACAAUUAUUUUCUGGUGAUUGUGCCGCGGGACUGCCUCGGCCUCUCAGUCCCUCAGUCAUAUGCAAAUAGAUGUUAUACCAGGGUGGAAAUUAACAUCUACAAACAUUGGUCUGGAAUUCCAUCUGCCGCCUCUUGGAGGAGGCCCUUAAUAAGUUCUCAGACAGCAAAGUGACACACAUCUUAAUCAACUCCUAAUCCCGGGAAUUAAUUCUCGACGCGUUUAUGAAUAAUUCCCAGAGUAAUGCGUGCGGGGUUCGAGCGGAAUGCGCCGCGCCGCCAGAUGGAUCCGGCAAUUUUCUGAAAAAAAAGGGGAAGAGGAUUUCUGCUUCUCAUUACUAUUUAUUUGUUAUUAUCAUAGGCGGUAUUUAAAUGAAAGCCUCCGCUGCACCUCAACAUCAAAGUUAGACACGCAGUCACACCUCAGCUUGUGGGGUAGAGGGCAGGGGGGAAGAAAAGAAGGGCUGUUUUUUCAGGGCCUCAUAUAGGAAAUAGCCAGGGCCCUGUAAAAGCGCACUCCUCUCCACAGAAGGGCCCUGAGCUGUCGCUGAGCACAGUGUCAGCUGUCUGGGCCCGCCGAACGAGGAGAGCUCCCGAUUUCGGAAACAUGACGUUGUCUCCUGAGGAGUGUGUUAGGUUAAAAGGGGCCGGGGGCCCCAGUCCCCUCUGGGAUGGGAAUGCCAGUCAGCCACGGUCUUUCUGCACUGUUCUGAUAUAAAAGCACGGUUUCACAAUAAACCUGUGGACUGAUUUUCUUUAUUCAGUUAUGAAUUACCCCCCAGGACUACCCACAACCCCACCAAAAAAAUAAAUAAAAUAAAUAAAAGAUAACCCCUCUUACAGCAGUACUCUUUUUUUUUUUAAGUAAAAUGAGUCCAAACGGAAAACCUAGCUCCAUCCACAGACACUAUGAAUAAAAUCUGAAUUCAGACAAAGACUUAUUCUCAGUAAUUCUUUUAAUAUAUUAUGUAAACAUUAGUCACCAAGCCUUUUUAAUUGAUAUACUUAGAGGCAGGAAGGUGAAUCUUUCUGAACUAGAAAUUCUUUUUCAGUCUUAUUCCAGUGGUUUUCCUUUCUGCAAUCUUACUUUCUUUCCCCCAAAAUGAUACAACAAAAACCUCCAUCCAACAGCAGAAUACUAUUAUUCUUAAAUCCCAGAUGAUCUUUUCUUUAAAGCCUUCAGCAAAUUUUUCUCAGGACGACUGGAAAGUCAUUGAUAUUAUGCAGUUUUCCAGGAUUCCUCCUAAAGAAGACUUUUUUGAAUAAGUGGGAUAAUAACAAACUGAACCUGACAGCAUUUUAGUAGAAUUGGAAUUAAUGUAGUUAAAUUGGAAUCAGCCCGUAUAUAUAUGUGAAUUGGACCUAUUAAGAUGAUAUUUGUUUUCAAUUUGUGCUUCAAAGAAACCAAUUUAAAUUCAUUCAAAUUAGUGACUUUAUGACAUAUUAAAAUAAUUUGUAAGUUUAGAGUCAGUAGACAGAAGUCAGAAGAUGGACCAGUGCUUCAGUGGAAGUCAAUAAAAUGACUUCCACUGAAGUCGAGAGGAGUUCAAGUGGAAAACCUUUUGCCACCUGCGCUUCAAAUUUAUGGUCAAUUGUUUUCUCGCUUUCCUUCCUAUUUCUUCCUCUGAACUCUUUGGGUGAAUGUUGGAAAUGUCUCAUUUUCCGCUGUUCCGACUGACGUUCAUUUUGGCGAAAGAGCUACGCUGUUUUACGAAGAAUUCUAGAAUUGUGAACUCAUUGUGGCAGCAUGUUGGAGUAGAUCUAUAAGUGUGUUGUUGUGUCACAUCUCUUCUGCCGUCAUCUCUUGGGGCAGCAGCAUCACAGCCAGACUACGCUGCGACAAUCAUCCAGCCACCCGUCCUGUGUUUGAGUUCGAAAAUGUUUAAAGUUGACAGGAAACUUGAAAAUAUCUUUUGAUAGUUAUGCACUUUUGGAAGACUGGAAGAUUGAUACCUGAACAUCAACUGUAAAGUAUUAAAAAAAAAAAAAAAAAAAAAAAAAGAAGCAAUCAUUAAAAACACCCAAAAGCGAAUAAAUUAACAAUGCUAAGCCUGGUGGGGGCACAAGUAAAGCCUGGUGGUCCGACAGGCUUUUAAUACACUGAGGGAAACCCUGGAGUUUAUAGGCUGAGGCUGAUCUAAUGAAAACUGAUUUACUUUGUCUGACUUUGAUUUAAAAAGAAAGGAUAAAAACAUGACUAUCUGUAAACUCAGCUAUUAAUGUCUUGACAAUCAAUUAAGCAUUAAACAUUGCUUAUUUAUUUAUUUUUUACAUAUGUAUAACAAUACAUACUCAUCAGUUUGAUCUAUGUCAAUUGUAAGGUAAAGUGGCUCAUUGGGGAGAAGGUGAUAGUGGCUGUCAGAGGGUAUAGUUCCCCCAUCCUCUGCUUCAACCUCACUCCAGUACUGGAGUCAGUGUGUUGCUGUUGUGUGUUUGUGUACAAAUCAUCACAAAGGCCCACGUAACCACAAUACAAAGAGUUGGCAUGACAGAUAGGAGACGGCAGGGAAACAUGAAGAGGGUAGGUGUGUGUGCAUGCAGCUUCCCAAAACAGGUUUAUCAGAAAAUAGAAUCGCACAGAUAAAAUCUAUAACAUCUGUAGCAAUACGGUCUAUAUACGCACAGAGACUGGCAGUGACCAGCUGACUGUCCAGCUCUGCCCAGACAGAGACUAACACAACAUUACUUCUGCUGGAAAUGCAAAAAAAUAUAAUGAAAACAAGGCCAAACAGUUAGAUGCCUUUUUGAUUUUUAUUAUUCUGGGUUUUUCCAUCACUUUGUCAGUUGGACUUGCGAAGUUGCUUAAGCGUGCCGGUGCCUCUGCUUAAAUCUGGUUCUGCUGUCAACACGUUGGCUUUAUUUGCAUCGCAUCCCAAACCUCUCAUGGCUUUGGCAGAUCUGGACGGCUCUGCUUUCCAUCAACGUUGUCAAAGCGUUAACUGAUCACGGGGCAAUCAGCCGCAGCGUGGGAGCCAAUGCUUCAUCCCCGCGAGUAUGAAAUUAGACUAAAAUGUCAUUGUGAGGCUUUUUUGUGGCUCGUCUCAUAUUCCAAAAUAGAGCCGGUCCACAGGACAGGCCUUCAUACAGCUGCUUGUGUCAACCUCUUGUAAAGACUCACAACUGCCACACACAUGGGGCAAACAGAGAAAAAAAUAGACACACGAUGGAAGCUACUGACAGAUGAAGCGAAACACAAAAUGGAGAUAUUGUUAAUUUACAGGAUUUUAUUGCAACAGUACCACAAAGAGUGGAAAAAAAAGUCUCACGUCACGUGUAUAAAAUGCACUGUAAAAUGACUUUUAUUACAUUUGAGAGAUUUGAAAAUAGAUGCAAUUCUGCUACGUUUCUAAGGUGACUUAUAACUACAACUACAACGAUGAAGUCUAAUUACAACAGUUUUCUGUAAAGCCUUAUUUGAUUUUUAUGUAAAAGUCAGAAUUUCUACAACGUUUGGAAAGAGUGGAAAACAGUGAGCUGUAAAAUCAUUCACACCUUCAAAACAGGAAAGGUUAGACUGCAUGAAAUGAAAAAAUAUCAAAUAAUUAAAUAAAACACAAAAUGGUACUAAAUGUUUAACGAUGAAGUGAGUUUCUCUCUUAUUUGAGGAUCACAGCGCCCGUGUUAAAUGUGACCUGGGAAUAUUAACCUAUUUAUGACUUGUCUCUCCUCCGUGUGUGUGUGUGUGUGUGUUUGCGCAUAGAACCUGUGAUGGAUUUUAACCUGCUGACAGACAGUGAGACCCGCAGCCCGGCGCUGUCUCUCUCUGACUCCGGAACACCGCAGCAUGAGUCGGGAUGUAAAGGCCAGGACCAAAGCGACACUGAGAAAUCCCAGCAGACCAAGUUGGAUGAGUCAGGUGUUGAAGACGGCUCUCUGAAGAAGAAGCAGCGGCGGCAAAGGACUCACUUCACCAGCCAGCAGCUCCAGGAGCUGGAAGCCACCUUCCAGAGAAACCGCUACCCAGACAUGAGCACAAGAGAAGAGAUCGCCGUGUGGACCAACCUCACUGAGGCUCGGGUCAGGGUAUGGUUUAAAAACCGCCGUGCAAAGUGGAGAAAAAGGGAAAGGAACCAGCAGGCAGAGUUGUGUAAAAAUGGCUUUGGCGCCCAGUUCAAUGGACUCAUGCAGCCGUAUGAUGAAAUGUACACAGGCUACUCCUACAAUAACUGGGCAGCCAAAGGGCUAGCAAGCAGCCCGCUGUCUGCCAAAAGCUUCCCAUUCUUUAAUUCAAUGAAUGUAACUCCCCUGUCAACCCAGCCUAUGUUCUCGCCUACAAGUUCCAUCCCCUCCAUGAACAUGCCCUCUAGCAUGGUGUCCUCGGCAGUAACUGGAGUCCCUGCUGGCGGGCUAAACAACCUGGGGAACAUCAACAACCUCAACAGCCCGACAGCGCUCAACUCUGUAGCGGUGACUGCAGCCACAUGCCCCUACGCCACCACAGCCAGCCCCUACAUGUACAGAGACACCUGCAAUUCCAGCUUGGCCAGCCUACGGCUUAAAGCAAAGCAGCACACCAACUUCGCCUAUCCAGCGGUGCAGAAUACCGUGUCCAACCUAAGCCCCUGCCAGUAUGCUGUGGACCGACCCGUAUGA